AUGAUAACCAUAGGCGUCAGAGGUUCAAUUAAAUUUGAAGAUGUAGUAAAAGCAUUCAAUUAGAAUUACUAGCUAAGGUAAAUUUCAAGUUAAGAUUAAGGUUAGAGAAGGAGACUUUAUGUUUAAGCGAAACAAGAAUAUGA